CUCCGUGACGUAUCAAUGCGCCUGAGGAGAGAGCAGAGACGUAGGCACGCGCGCUGCGGGAGCCCGGCAUGAGGAUUUUAUGGAGAUUAUAUGGCUACUCUGCUAGACUACUGAAAACUAAACUUUUUAGAACAGCUGCAUCAAACACAUCAUUUCCAGAAGUUUGGUUACUGCUGGUACAGUAUUUUGAAAGAGUACCUGGAUUUUUUUGGGUAGUUCAGAGAAACAGUUUCUUUACAAUGCCUGAAAUUCUAGAAAAUAAAGCUGAUAUUGAACUGUAUACACCUCAUCCUGAAGUACGUGGAAUGACAACUCUUGACAGAGCAGCUUUCAAAAGGACAAUUAUUGUUCCAGUUCUAAAAGUGAAAAAAGAAGUAAUAAACAAAUUGUUAAAAUCCCUCAAACAUACAACACUGCAGCGCCCAGGUCUGAAGCGAGUGAUUGAUGAUCCAAAAGAUGAAGACCGUAGACUUGUUUUGUUGGAUCCUCAUAAAAUAUCAGCAGAAUAUUCACUGGGAGAAUCUGAACAAGAAAUAUUAAAGCAGUUUAGUAUUGACCCUCAGGUGUCCAAGUAUAACUUAGAACUGACUUAUGACCAUUUCAAGACUGAGGAAAUCUUACGAGCGGUGCUUCCUGAAGGUCAAGAUGUCACCUCUGGAUUUACUAGGAUUGGCCAUAUAGCUCACUUGAAUCUUAGAGAUCAUCAGCUACCCUACAAACAUCUGAUUGGUCAGGUUAUAAUUGACAAGAAUCCAGGAAUCACCUGUUCAGUAAACAAAAUCAAUAUUAUUGACAACACUUACCGAAAUUUUCAAAUGGAAGUGCUAGCAGGAGAGGCCAAUAUGAUAACAAAGACUAGAGAAAACUACAUCACCUAUGAAUUUGACUUUUCUAAAGUCUAUUGGAAUUCCCGUCUAAGCACAGAACAUGGCCGUAUCAUUGAACUUUUAAAGCCAGGUGAUGUUCUAUUUGAUGUCUUUGCUGGGGUUGGGCCUUUUGCCAUUCCAGCUGCAAAGAAAAAGUGCAGCGUAUUUGCAAAUGAUCUCAACCCUGAAUCCUACAAAUGGCUUCUACACAACUGUAAAUUAAAUAAAGUGGACAAAAAAAUAAAAAAAUUCAAUAUGGAUGGUCGGGAUUUUCUUCUGGGGCCAGUUAAAGAAGAGCUAACCAAGGAACUGUCACUUCUGACAAAAGAAAGGAAAAACACUCUGCACAUAGUCAUGAAUUUGCCAGCUUUGGCUAUCGAAUUUCUAGAUGUUUUCAAACAUUUCUUAGAUGGAAAGCCAUGCAGCACUGACCUCCUUCCCACAGUACACUGUUACAGCUUCUCAAAACAUGAUAAUCCGGCCAAAGAUGUUCAAGAACGGGCUGAAGCUUUUCUGGAAACGUCUUUAGAGGGACGCUGUUCUACUCAUCUAGUGAGAAAUGUUGCACCAAAUAAGGAAAUGAUGUGCAUCAGUUUCCGGAUCCCAGCUGAAGUGUUGUUCAAGAAGCAGUGUACUCAGGAAGGUAAAUUAAAGUCCAAUGCUGGAAACUUUAGGGUUUUUCAACUGUAUACUUUGUCUCAAAUUAUACUUGAGAAAAAAAAUACAUUUGAUGGAUUUAAAACUAGAAUUCUCUCUGCUAUGGGGCUGAUUCUAGUCUCAUUUAGUGGUGUAAUUCCAAUUUGUUAGUCCUAAUUUAGAUCCCCUCCUGCACUAAGGAACACACAGGCAGAUCCUUGUGAAGUCACUUGUACAAUCAGAGCCUCUAAAUUGGCAGGAUCAGGUUCUAUAAAUUUUAAUUGGAAAACUAGGAGUUUCUAUGUGAACUUCAAUUGAGUUCAGUAGAGUCAGGUUUUAGUCCCAGUAAGGUUAAUGGCGUUGACUCAUCACCUGCUUACCUUCCACCCUCCCUGCCGAUUGUUUUACGCCCUCCUCCUCUGACAGCUUUAACACUGGACUCUUUGCCCUGUUCAUUGAAGUGCCACAAGUCGUGUGUGUGUGUGUGUGUGUGUGUGUGUGU